UCCAGCGGACGCUCUUCUCCUCACAGCUCUCAGAAAGUCAUCCACUAUGUUCAGUGAUCUUUUUGUCUGAUCUAUUUAUUAUAGAAAGUUAAUUCCGUCUGGAGAUGUGACCUCGUAAAAGCGAUUUUGUAGGUAGUGUGUGGGUAAAUUCGCCGGAUGCGUUGGACGAGUGCCAUAUGUUCUGUAGAUACCAUAAUUUUGUUGAUGGAGAGGAUUUCGAAUGACAGCCGGCACAGUGGUCAUCACAGGUGGAAUUUUAGCUGCAGUCAUCUUGCUAACUAUUGUCACAGUUUUGUGUUACUGUAGGCUGCAGUAUUACUGCUGUAAAAGAGAAGAGUCGGAGGAGGGGGAGGAGGAGGCAGACGUUGCUAAGGCAUCGCCAAGUCCACCACGCCAACCGAGUCCACCUGAGAGUCCACUGAGUCUUCAACAUUUCCCUGAAUACGCGUCCUCCAAUCAGCUGCUAAUGACUGCAGAGCCUUUUGAGCCCAAUGGACCAGUCAGCUAUCCUCAGUACACCCCGCGCAUGCCCUACAGGCCGCCCCGCUCGUACACUUUCUGCCCCUCCUGCUCGGGCUAUCUGCCGCUGUACAUGAGCCCCCAGGAGGGGCUGCGCAAUGGAGGUGGCAGGAUCAGCUACAGGACUCUGCAGCAGGAGGAAUUAGACCUGCCAAUGGAUACGCCCAGCUUCCACAAACUCAACCUCAUCCGCUCCGUCACCAUGCAGGAAGUGCUGACUCAUCACAGCGUCAGCACGGAUGUGUAGCACCUCGUAUUCACCUGAAAUAUUGUGUGAUUCACAUUUGUAAUGCUGCUUUCUGUACCCAGUGCUCCAUUUUAUUCAUUUUAUUUAAUUAAUUCCAAAAUAUCUACUUUUGAUUGAUUGAUUGAUUGAUCAGGAUAGUCAUCUGCACUGUAAGAAAAAAAAAUCCGUAGGUAAACGGAAAAGGCAAUUAUCUGCAAGGACAUUAUAUAAGUUUACUGACAUUUCCUUAAAAGGGAUAGUUCACCCAAAAAUGAAAAUUUGAUGUUUAUCUGCUUACCUCCAGGGCAUCUAAGAUGUAGAUGACUUUGUUUCUUCAGUAGAACACAAAUUAUGAUUCUU